ACUGCGAGCCACUACCGGAUUUACCGACUACGCAGAAUACGGUGUUGAUAGGAAAGAAAAGCACCGAGUACAUCCUUCCCUUAUUUCCCGAAUAACCUUUUCCUUCAUAUCAUUUGCCUGGUUAUUGAAAACCCCGUUGCUAACCAUAAAAAGUUUCGGAGAAUUAGAGGGAUGAGCAGAGAGACACCGCCUGAGCCACUUAAUUUCUUUAUUUGGACAGUUGAGGAUGUUGGUUUGUGGUUGGAAGAAAUUAAUCUCGGUAACUAUAGGCAAAGUUUCAAAGAAAAUGGUGUUAAUGGGGAGUUUCUGGAAGGGUUGUCAAUGUUCUCCACUGAACAGAUCCUACGGUUUAUAAGAAGAUGCCACAUGAAAUGGGGAGAUUUUAUAACAUUAUGUAAGGAGCUUAGGAGAAUUAAAGUGGCUUGCUUAAAGGGUGAACAGAAAGUACAUGGUCCGUGGUGGGCUCCAUCAUGCCUUUCUGUAGUCUUUGUCAAGGCGGCCAAGCGCAACAGGCAGUCAAGAGUUGUUUCAUUGAAACUUGAAUCUUGACAUUUGGAAGAUUUUCACAACAGCAGCUUGUAUAUGUCGUUUAUCUUCUUUAGGUGUUGAUGGAUGGUUGGAUGCUAUGCCUUUUUUGGUUGCCUUUCUCUUCUUUUGAUGUAUUUCCUUUGUUAAUGUUGUCGGUAUAUGUUUUUCUUGUGUUUCUAGUGGGGAGAACAUCCUCUCUUAUGAUUCUUACGGAGUACGAGUAUUAUUU